AUUUUCUUCCUCUUUUUCAUUAUUUUCCUUGCCGAUUUAAUUAACUCAAUUAUUUUAUUCUAUUCUAGUUUUGGAAUAUUUUUUUAUCGCAAUUGUAUCAACUAAUUGUGUCUUAAUUUAAUCUAUUGAUUUGUCUGGAUGGUGCUAAUCCUUUAGGAGGUUAAAUUGACUUUUGACAACAUCGACACAGAGACAACUGUAAUUUAGUUUAAAUUAUUGGUCAAUAUUUUAUCACAAUGUCAUUGGAGAAAACAUCUUGUGAAGAUUUGAAGGCGUUUGAAAGAAGAUUACAAGAGAUUGUCAAUGGUAUGAAUUCGGAUACGAGAAAAUAUCGAUUAGCUUUAGCUUUUACAACUGCUUUCACUACUUAUGGAGCUUUCCAAUGGUUAACUGAUCCAUUAACUUCAAGAAUCUCAUUGUUACAAUCACUGCUAAAUCAUCCUUUCUUCACAAUUAAUGCCAUCAUAUUGAUACUCUUAUUUGCUCUUACUAGUAUUCAUAAGAAAGUCAUCUCACCUCAAGUGAUAAUGGCAAGAGCUCGUCAAGUUUUGUCUGAUUUUAACAUGACCUGCGAUGAUCAUGGUCGACUUGUUUUAAAGCCAAGACCGAAACCCAAAUUAUGGUAAAUGUAAUGUGAAAAUAUGUAUACAGUUAAUUAAAGGAAAAAUUUAUUAUUUUCUCAGUA